UCUUUAAUAAAGCAGCGUGAGAUGGUCGGGGCAGCAAAGUGAGAGGAGAGGAGAGGAGAGCUGUGUCACCUCCGCUCCGACACCGUCUAAUAUUAUUCCAGCCAGGCAGAGAGAGCCAUGUAUACAAGGCACAGCACCGACACCAUGGACACCUCCAGGACCAGUCUGCUCGUCUGUUCUCUUCUCUGUACCGUACAUGUUAUCAGUGCAGCCAGACCGGGGAAACAGCAACACCGGAGCUGUCCCGACCCGUGUGUGUGUGAGCAGGACGGCCUGAUCAUGAGAGUGGACUGCUCCGACCGGGGACUCAACACACUGCCCACCAACCUCAGCAUCUUCACUACCUACCUUGAUCUCAGCAUGAACAACAUUACCAAACUUUCCUCCGGUGCCUUACAUAACCUGCACUACCUUGAGGAAUUACGUCUUGCAGGAAAUGACUUGACAUACAUCCCCAAGGGAGCUUUUGCUGGACUCGGUAGUCUCAAAGUUCUGAUGUUACAGAAUAACCAGUUAAAACAGGUCCCAAGCGAUGCAUUUCAUAAUCUCCGUAGUCUCCAGUCUCUGCGACUGGAUGCUAACCACAUCAAUUAUGUGCCACCCAACAGUUUUAAUGGUCUUCUUUCUCUCCGUCACUUGUGGCUGGAUGACAAUGCCCUGACAGAGAUUCCAAUGAGGGCGCUGGAAAGUCUGUCAGCCUUGCAGGCCAUGACCUUGGCAUUAAACAAGAUUCACCACAUACCAGACCAUGCGUUCAGAAACCUGUCAAGCCUUGUAGUCCUACAUCUCCAUAACAAUAGGAUCUACUCCCUGGGAAAGAAAUGCUUUGAUGGGCUCCACAGUCUGGAGACUUUAGAUCUGAACUACAACAACCUAGAUGAAUUUCCUGCUGCUAUCAAAACUCUUAGGAACCUUAAAGAACUGGGCUUCCACAGCAACAAUAUCAGGUCGAUCCCAGAACAUGCAUUUAUUGGCAACCCGUCACUUAUCACUAUACAUUUCUAUGACAACCCGAUUCAACAUGUUGGGAGAUCUGCAUUUCAGCACUUGCCUGAGCUCAGAACGCUAAUUCUUAACGGAGCCUCUCAAAUCACUGAGUUUCCUGAUCUCACUGGAACCACAAGCCUGGAAAGUCUAACUUUGACAGGAGCGCAACUGGUCAGUCUUCCCAAUGUUAUCUGUGAUCAAUUGCCUAACCUUCAAGUGCUAGACUUGUCGUAUAAUCGUAUCAAGGACUUGCCAAGCUUCUCUGGCUGUCAGAGACUUCAGAAGAUUGAUCUUCGUCAUAAUGAAAUCAAUGAAAUCAGAUCCAUUACCUUUCAGCAGCUGAUUGUCUUGCGAUCCCUUGACUUGGCAUGGAACAAAAUAACGUACAUUCACCCAACAUCAUUUUCCUCAUUACCAUCUCUCAUCAAAUUAGAUCUGUCGUCCAACCAUUUGGUGUCGUUUCCUGUCACUGGGCUGCAUGGUUUGACUCAUUUAAAACUGACAGGAAAUUCCGCCUUACAAGAACUGAUCCCUGCAGAGCAUUUUCCAAAACUCAGGGUCAUGGAAAUGCCUUACUCCUACCAGUGCUGUGCUUUUGCUAUUUGUGAAAAUGCUGUUAAACAAUUAAACCAAUGGGGCAAGGAGGACAACAGCAGCACUGAUGAGUUUUUCCGAAAGGAAGCCGGCAUGCUACAUACACAAGAUGACCGUGACUUUGAAGAUUUUCUCUUGGACUUUGAAGAAGAUCUUAAAGUUCUUCACACUGUACAGUGUACACCAUCUCCAGGACCCUUCAAACCCUGUGAUCAUUUAUUUGGAAGCUGGCUCAUCCGAAUUGGCGUGUGGCUUAUAGUUUUUCUAGCUUUUAUCUGCAACGGUUUAAUUAUUGCAACUGUCUUCAGACAUCUCUCAUACAUUCCAUCCAUAAAGCUUCUGAUUGGUCUUAUUGCCAUCAUGAACACCCUAAUGGGCCUAUCUAGUGGUGUUCUGGCCACAAUUGAUGCUUUGACCUUUGGAAACUUUGCUCGGUAUGGGGCUUGGUGGGAAAGUGGGGUAGGCUGUCAAAUAACUGGCUUCCUGUCGGUUUUUGCUGCUGAAUCUUCCAUCUUUCUUUUAACAGUGGCUGCACUUGAGAGAGGAUUGUCUGUAAAAUGUUCUACUAAAUUUGAAUCAAAAUCCUCUUUUAUAAGUGUUAAACUGUCUAUCGUCUUGUGCUUCAUUCUUUCACUGGUCAUUGCGGUGUCACCUCUGCUAAGUGGCAGUGCUUAUGGGACAUCUCCAUUGUGUUUCCCAUUACUGUUUGGUGACCCCUCCUCUAUGGGUUUCAUGGUUGCUUUAGUCCUCCUGAACUCGCUCUGCUUUCUUGUAAUGACCGUAGCCUAUACUAAGCUGUACUGCACUCUAGAGAAAGGUGAACUAGAAAAUGUGUGGGACUGUUCAAUGGUGAAGCAUAUAGCUCUGCUGCUGUUCUCUAACUGCAUAUUGUACUGCCCAGUGGCCUUCUUGUCAUUCUCCUCACUUCUAAAUCUCACAUUCAUUAGUCCAGAAGUGAUAAAGUCGAUACUAUUGCUAAUUAUUCCUUUACCUGCAUGCUUAAAUCCUCUCCUAUACAUCCUCUUCAAUCCACACUUCAAGGAAGACAUUGGCACUUUAAAGAGUACAGACAUGCUGUGGACCAGAUCUCGUCAAACAAGUCUGGCUUCCAUCAACUCUGAAGACGCAGAAAAACAGUCUUGCGAUUCCACUCAAGCCCUGGUGACCUUUGCAAGUUCCAGUAUAUCAUAUGAGUUACCGGUCAGUUCCUCCUCAUCGUAUCGAGUGACUGAAAACUGUACAUUAUCAUCUGCAGCAUAUGUGCCUUGUCACUGAUGAGGCAAUACUUGUUUUGGUAUUUACAAUGACCACAAGUCUCUUAAUAUUUGCUGUCAUUGGGGGAAUGUCAAAUGCCUUUAUUUAAUAAGGCAAACCAUAAAGCGCAGUAACCAAUCAAACAUUAUCUUUCAUUAUCCUCCCUAUAUAAAACAACAAAUGUUAAAAUGUGUUUGAAAGAUAGCCUUAUGAACAGUAUGUUCUUUGUUGCAGUUGUAUCUAUUUAAUAAUGUGGUACAAAAAGCAGUAAUGGGCAGUAACAUGUGCUAACCAAUUGCAAAUGAAUUUCCUGCAGUUUAUUGUAUUGAAAUUUAGGGAAAGGCUGUUUAUAAUUGGUUGGUUUGGGUACAGUUUGCACAUUCCUCUUUACACUUAUUAAAAACAGUUGAAUAUCUUUUUUUCCUUGAACCAUAACAAACAGUGCUGUUUUAGCUGGACAUUCUUUAAAGGAUAAAGCUCUGGAAUUGGUUAUAAUAUUUCAAAGAGUUUUCUUGUAUUCCCAUCAAAAUUAUCUCUUUUAAUUGAUCCAAAAGAGCCCUGACUGAAUGCCUAGGAAACACCCCGUUAGCUUCCAAGUGACCUAGUAUUGUUCCUAGCGUGCCCUCCAAAAUUGUAAAUGUAAACAUUUAAAAACCUUUCUUUUUAGGAAAUUUACAAUAAUAUCUACAACUCUAUAUUCUCCAGAAUAUGUAGAACAUUUCUUACAUUAAGAGACUUUACCUGCUCUUAUAGCCAAGGUUUCAGAGAUCCUUUGCAGUGAUUCUAUGCAGGACAGAUGUCUUAAUAUCUAGUAUAUUGUUGCCCAGAAAUCUACACUAUUGUUUACUGAGAAAUGUUUCAUUUAUGUUAAAUUACGUAGACAUAAUGGAGACUCCAGGCAUACAGCUCAGGUACCUAGAUAAAAUACAUAUUGUAUAUAGAGCUGUUUUACCUGCCAAAGGAUUUAUAUUGCUGUCCAUCCAGCUCUGCCGCACAACACAGCCCUGUAUGGCAGUGCAGGGGACCUGAUUUUAAGUAAUUUAACUAGGCCUUGUUCCUCAUGUUACAUAGUUACAUAGUUAGUCAGGUUGAAAAAAGACACAAGUCCAUCCAGUUCAACCACAAAAAAAAAAAAAAACACAGUACAAUCCCAUACACCCAACUCCAUACCCACAUGUCAUUGGACUGUGAAAGUGGAGCAGCAGACUGCUAAGCUUUCUAUCACCCUACUCUUUCAUCCUAUCAGCAUGUUUCUUGUUAACAUAUUGCAUUAUUCCUGCCUGGAGUACAGCUUUAACCGCUUCAGCCCCGGAAGAUUUUACCCCCUUCCUGACCAGAGCACUUUUUACAAUUUGGCACUGCGU